AUGGCGCCUUCUCGCGAUCUGAGAUCUCCUCGGGCUGGAUCAUCUAGUCCGCCCCCUAUUCCCCCCAUCUCCUCAGGUCGAUCUGCACGGAGGCCCAGUGCCGUGGUCGCACCGCUCAAUUUGGGCAAAAUCAGAAAGACCAGAGCUGAAGCGACCCAAAAGCAGAGACCGGACCCGUUGGCUCUCCUUCGCGCCAGUCAUCCUCCCGAAACUCGCGCCGAUCAUGUUGACGAGCAUGCGGCUGCCGACGAACACAGCCCAGCACAGUCCGAGAUGUCUCUCAUCGAUCAAGAGAUUCGGGAAAUCCUCGAAGCCAGCCACUCCGAGCUACAGUCGAGGCUUGGCAAUGCUGUAUCGACCUCCGAAGCCGACGCGAUCCGUAAGCAUCUGGAGUUCGCGACUCCGCCUAACAGUCCAGCCAACCCGGGAAGUCCUCCUCUCAGCCCGAACAGCAGGCGAUUGAGAGAACGCCUGCAGUGCGACACGUACCAGAGUCUCAUCGCGUCCGAUGGACAGCUCCGCCUGUACUUGGGCAACCUGCAAGGAAUGAAGGAGUGGUGGACAGCAAACAAGAAGGCAUGGGCAACGAGAAAGUCGGAGUACAAUACGAUUCAGCAUCAGAUUCUUUACCUCCUGGACCAGCAAGACCAGCUCGGUCAGCAUGACAUCUACGCGUCUCAAAUCAAACAGCAAGAGCGUGAACUCGUACCGCUGGCCAAAUGGUUCGUGAAGAACAAGCUUAUCAUGAAGCAAGUCUGGCUCAACUUCAAGAGGCUGGAGACGGCAACAAGGACAGUCUCCCGAGGAGGUCCACCAGCACCGCAGAGACCCAGGUCCGGGUUGUCCUGGACCAGAGCGGAUCGAGCCCCGGAAACCUUCACAUACGAAGUCCCGCCCAAGAAUGACGACGUCCGGACAUUUCCGUGGUACAGAACCGGCCUCGAGUUCUGGGUGACGCCGGCGUUGGCUGAGCUGACGCAGCGCAAGCGUGCUCUGCAGCAAGAUCGAGCCAACAACCUGGAGAUCCAAGACAGGAGCAACGAGAUCAUUCGUGGUCUGGAGAGGGAGAUCAGGAGUCACGAGCGUCUCUGCAACGACAGAGAUGAGAUGGUGCAGAACCAGGUACACGUGCUUCGCCAAGCGAGAGCCGCCGGUUAUCGAGACGACGUUGAGACUCUGGAAGGGCAUCGAAGCCGUGAGAUGGAACAGGAAGCCGAGCAUCAUCGGGAGCUCAAGUCCCUCUUGCUGGCACAGCAGACGAAAAGCUACGAGUCGUACAUCAACAACGACACGAUCGUGGAUCAUCAGUCACGGAACGACCUCGUCGUGAAAAUCCUCAAGUGGAUGUCGGAUCUCGCCGCGACCACUCGUUACAGGGAAGAUAUACCUGAGGAAGUCAACCAUCCUCAAUCUAUCAACUACAUCUACAAGACCUGCUUUUUCCACGAUCGCAAAAGUACACUCUUGGCGAGAUUAGACGACCUCGUUGUCGAAGGGGAUCUUUCCGUCCAGCAGCGGAGCGAGAUAUUCGAGCUCCUGGCAGCGCAUCACGAAUCCAUCUCCGUCUACAACCCGUGGCUGGUAACGGCGAAGGAUCCCUCGCGAUACUCCAAGGACGACUUCCGGGACCUGGGAAAUCUCUUCCAGAAGGAAUGCGACGACUUUGAGAGUUUCCUUGCCCGGGCGAGGAAGAUCGGCGAGGGGAAAGACGUCCCGACGAAGCUGCCGAGAGAGAGGCACGGGGAAAGGAUCCCGAGGACGACGAUCCAAUCGAUGCUAGGCCCGGUGGCUCCCAUGUUCGGUAGCAAAAUGGCAUUGGAAGAUGCCAUCCGUCUUCUGGAAGAGCGUCCGAUGAUUCCCACGGCGCCGAUGAUCGGAGAGGGGAGAUUCGGCGAGUCGCCGGACAACUGGGCCACAUUGCUAGCUCAAUUCUUCACCUCGCCCGACAUCUUCCCGCUGCUCGAUGUGUUCCAUCCCGACGACUGCGCCGGGUGGACGAGAGCGGAGUUCUCCAAGCUGGUGAACGAUCGGCUCUCGUUCAGCCCUGGUCUGAGCCCCCUUGUGCCGAAGAAGGUCCUCGAAGCAUUCCUCGUCUAUUCCCACCGCGCGGGCCAGCUUUUCCGGAUAAGCCCCAUCACAGGUAAGGUAUUCCUCGUCCCGGACGGGUGGGAGACGUGCACGGAACAGGGCGUGCAAGGCCCGCCUCGUCGCCUACCCUUUGCACUGAGCAGGCGGCCCCCCGGCAUCCACGACGCGGAAGGCAUCAUCAGACGCUGGAUGUACCGCCUCUGCGUCGAGCGCGGGUCGCGAAUCACGGCCGCGACGCUCCUCGAGGAGAUCAGGACGAAGAUGGUCCAGCCGCUGCCCGCGGAGGUCUUCCAGACGUACCUCUGCGACUGGUUCCUCUACGGCCGAUUCUUCGUGUCCUCGGGCUCCGAUAGCACGGCCGAGAUGCGGAAGCCCCUCUCGGCGCAGCUGCUGAUCAUGGUCGAGAACGGAUGGGACCUCCCCCGCACGUGGGACCUCGCCCCCCUGAAGAGCCGCGGCCUCACCCCGGCGAAGUGGGCCCGCAUCCGGAACGACACCCUGCGCGCCGAUCUCCCCGGCCUGCUCUCGGGCCGCGGCCGCGGCGACCAGCGGGCGGCCGACGAAGCCGAGGUCUACCACGUGGUCUACGGCGCGGCCCUCCGCUGCGACGUCACCAGGCAUGACUUCCACCUGUUCCUGAGACUGUGCAACGAGAGAGAAGAGCUGCUCCGCCUGGGCCGCGACGGGAAAGUGGCCAUCUUAGGUCAUCACUGGGACGCCGACGUGUGGCCAGCUUGGAUGCGGGCGAACCAGUAG